AUGGAGAGCCAGUUCAUCACGGGGCUGCUGUUCAAGAUUGCAGGAUUCCGUGAGCGCUUGAUGGCUGACUCCAGUUUCUUGUACAAGCUCUCACUUGAGUGUGGCAUCGGAAUUUUCACCAAGUCGGCGGCCGAGUAUGGCAAGCGGCAGAAGACGUUCUGGAAGGAACUCGACUUUGUGACUGCCAACGUGAUCAUGGCCAUCUUUGCCGACUUUUUGCUGGUGUGGCUCCCGGCACCCACUCUGAGGUACCGAUCGGUUGCGCCGGUUGCCACAAAGAGCGGUGCAUUUGGCAGAUGGUGGUCCAGUUUGCCAGACAACGCUUUUCAGGUCGUGCAACCUGGCAUGGUGCCCUUCUCUCUGGGCCAGCGCUUUGGCGCGAUCCUGCGGAAUGGCUCCAAGCUGUUUGGCGUGGGGCUGGUCUGCAGCUUCGCAGGUGUCGCGAUAACAAAUACAUUGAUCAAGAUACGUGAGCUGAUAGACCCGUCGUUCAAGAACAUCAACCCCCCACAGGACUUGGUCAAGAUGAGCUUCGCCUACGCCACCUACAUGGCCGUCUCCGCCAACCUGCGCUACCAGGUGGUGGCGGGCAUCAUCGAGGAGCGGGGCAUCGAAGUGGCGUUCGCGGGGCGGCCCCAGGUUUGCAAGGCGCUGUCCACGGUCACCCGCACAGGCAACACCUUCCUGGGCUCCCUUCUGUGGGUGGACUUCAUCCGGCUGCUGGGCAUGCAGAAGCCGUCGGCGGAGUCGUAG